UACCGCAUUGACGUACUGUACGUCAGCUUGCCUGCGCAUGCGCGGUGGUGUUCCCGUUCACGGAAGCACCUGCGGUGUCACUAUUUUUCUAGAAGGAUGUGAUGUGAUAUAAAUGGACGAAAUACCAAGCGGCAUGAAUGAACAGCAUGCUCAGUUAUGUAUUGGUGGCGUUUUUAUCUGUGUCGCUGGCAGUGUUGUUCAUUCCUCGCGAGUGGUCCGUUAAAUUUGGGAAUGAAUCAACCAAGGGCCCCCCUGUGCGGCUUCUGAGCAGGCAUGAAUUAUCACUGUACGACGGGGAGGACGGCAGCAAGGGCCUUUACCUGGCCAUAAUGGGGCAGAUUUUUGAUGUACACAAGGGACACAAGCACUAUGGACCAGGUGGUGCUUAUCACUUUAUGGCAGGCAAGGAUGCCUCACUGGCCUUCAUCACUGGAGACUUCACAGAAAGCGGCCUGACAGAUGAUGUGUCCAGUCUCUCCACCCUGCAGGUAGUGGCCCUGUAUGACUGGCUGGCCUUCUAUCAGAGGGGCUACCAGUCUGUAGGUUUGCUGAUAGGCCGGUUCUAUAGCGAGACCGGGCAGCCUACAGAGGCCUUGUUGCAGGUAGAAGCAUCACUAGCAGAAGGUCAGCAAAUGAAGGCCCAGUCUGAGGCUGAGAUGGUACACUUCCCAGCCUGCAACUCAGAGUGGAGCACUGCCAGGGGCGGAAGAGUCUGGUGCUCCACUAAGAGUGGUGGAGUGAUAAGAGACUGGACGGGUGUCCCCCGGAAGCUCUUUUCUGCAGGAUCCAAUGGUGUUCGUUGUGUCUGUGUUGAAGACCUGUCUGCAGCAGAGGAAGACCCCAACCUGCAGAAAUAUGAAGGCUGCCCUCCACAUGCUGGCUCAUGCUCUGUUGGAGAGUACUAGUCUCUGGGCCAGCCCAGAAAAUUGACCUAUUAUUGCCUAUUUAGCAGCACAAAACUCAGGAAAACGCACAGACUUCUACUAGUAAAUCACAGCAAUUGGCGUAUUCAUAAUAAAGAGCUAGAA